AUGUCUGCAACAUGGGUCCACAGAGAUUUCGACUUUAAUGGCUCACUCAGGAAAGCCCGGAAUACCCAAAACAGUAUCUGAGGAAAAGGUUUCUAGGUUUGGAAAAUUACCCAGAACAGAAAGUUGAUUGCAGGAAACAAUGAAGGCGUUUGCAGGAAACACAACCCAGCAUUGCCCAUUGGAAAGUGCCCUCCACGCGCCACAGAUGAGGAUGAGGCCACUCUGUCUGACACGACUGCCCCCCUGUUGCUUUUCUUCCUUCUGGUUUCAGAAACGCCUCUGGGUUCAGAAAUUGCCUUGGGUUAUUUGCUGAUAUAGUGGGUGUGAGACUAUACAACGGGUUUUAGCUGAUACAUGCACCAUCUUCUUUGGCUGCUUAGAGGGUUUUUUUUGUUGCAGAACGAGAUGAGUUCACCACAAGAAGAAUGCCCUGAGUUCUUCAAGGUGUGUCUCCCUGAGUGCAGCUCUGACAAACUGCUUAUCCCAACUGCUUUCAGAGAGCAUUUUAAUGGAUUUGUGCCUCACAAGGCCAUCCUCAGAGAUCCUGUUGGGAGAGUUUGGCAAGUGGAGUUAAGCAAAAUAGGAAAGGAUGUGUACUUUCAGAAGGGUUGGCAGAAAUUUGUUACAGAUAAUUUUGUAGAAAUGGAAGAUUUUCUUGUUUUCCGAUAUGAUGGUGGUUAUAUAUUUGAUUUUAAAUUAUUUCGAAAUACUGGGUGUGAGAAGAAAGGCUCUGAGGAGAUCAAUGUGGGCAUCUACAAAAGGUGUUUUUGUGUAAAUGAGGAAAAAGAUGUGGAGGAAGAAAAGAGCAAUGAAGAAGAGGGGGAAGAAGAGGAGGAUUCGGCAGAAGAGGAGAGGGAUUCCACAGAAGAUGAGUCAUCAGAGAAAGAGGAGGAAGGGGGGAAAAUGAGUGAAGAAGAAGAAGAACCACAACCAAAAUCCUCUAAAAAGAAAGGGGUUGUAUACAAGCGCAAAUAUUCUGGAAGGGGUCAAUCACCAAUUGUUGGGUACAAACAAACUGCCAUUAAAAAGAGCAGAGUUGCAUCCGAAGAAAGCAACUGCACCAAGAGAAAGUAUAAGGAAGCUUCUGCUGUCCAGGUUGAGGAAAACAUUGCUUUUGAAAUAGAAAGUAUUGUUAAUCCCCAAAAUCCUUAUUUCGAAACUAAAGUAAGACCAGCGAGGAGGAGCAAAUUGUAUGUUCCAUUAGAUGUGCUAAGAGACCAUAAUAUUAAAUUACCUCCAAAGAUGACCCUUCGUGACCCUCUUGGGAGAUUGUGGAUUGGAAAGGUUGCUGUCUGGAAGGAUGGUCGGACAUGGAUUGGGUGGAAACCAUUCUGCAAGUGGAACAAUGUGGGUGAAAAUGACACCUGCAUUUGUGAAUUUGUACAGGAAAGUGGCCAUGAGGGGUAUCUCCUUGUUGUUCACAUUCUUCGGGCACAGCCUAGCCGGAGGGCACCCAAAUGCAAAUGCCGAGCUGAAAGUGGUGAAGAGAUGGCUGAGCCAAGUAAAGCCAACUUACGUUUGCCAAUAGUUUCUUCCAAGACUUCCGGAUAGUUAACUAUCGAUAUUUAUUGUGGUUGUUAACAUUUAUCUUAUGGGAAUUCCUAUGAGAUUAUGAAUUUCUGGAUGUGGUAUGUAACUAUCUAUCAAACCCUAUGUAUAAUUAACAAUCUUCUCUUCUAUUACCUGUACAGUCUUCCAAACUCUGCAGGCUUCCAAGGGAGAGUUUGGUCCAUGACUUGGUGCAGCAUGGCAGUAAAGUCCCUGCGUCUGUUCACUACUAGAGGAUUAUGCAAUUUGUUUUUCCCCUACUCAACUGGGUUUGUGUAGUUUUAGCUGCCCAAACUCAGAAAUGCCAUGGAUCCCAUGGAAGUGAAUGGCCCUGAUCCAUGAUUUUGAAUAUUGUGUUUUUGACCCCAUAUUCUUUUCUCUUUAGCUAUUUUUUUCCUGAACUAUUUCUCAAGAUGUGAGAGUUCAAUCAAGCAAGGAUGCAAUACUCUCAGAUCCUCUGGUGGGAGUUUCAAUUGUCCGCAGGAGCCCUUGGCUAAACCCAAACACACCCAUUCUCUAUAUAUGUACCUCUGUUUGCUUGAUUUGUUUUGACUCUCCUCAAGUGGUGUAGACUCUAUCACAUAAAUUUAGAGUUAGGGCUUGAAGAAAAAACAGUGUCAUUUGAAAAGUCAAAAACUAACUGGCUUGAUUGCAUCAUUGAUUGGUUUUCAAAGCUUAAACUGGUGGUUUGAGCAAGUGACUGUUAUGAAUUUUCACAAACGAACAAAAGCACUUUAAUACAGGCUCUCUCCCACUAGCAUGACAUGGGUCUCACUUUUUCUUGGCCAAUAUUUAAAGUGGGACAAUCUUUCUCUAGAAAUAAGCUCAUCUCAUCAGCUUGUCAGCCAACCAUCUUGCUAUCACCUUAUCCAACUUCUCCCAUCUCACUUCUUACAAAGUGUCAUUUGCUUCCCUCUCAUCAUCUCUGUACUUCGAUAUUUGAACAAAGCUCUUCAACCUCAUCACAUCAGAUUGUGGGGAAGAUAGCAAUGGCAACAGCUUCUGCCACACUUUCCCCCUCCACAUUUUCUGCUGCUGCCAUUGCGGGCUUAGGCCGCACCUCCCAGAGGAGAAAAACCAAUGUACACUUCAUAGGGGGACUGAACUCCUUUGAUGGACUGAAAGCUUACAACAGUGUGGCCUCUUUAGGCCUUCCUGUUUGUACUGAGCAGUCCUUUGCAAAGAUUGUGGGCUCACUGAAGUCCCCAUCACAAGGCAAAGGAAGAGGAGGAGGAGCUCUGUCUUCUACCUGCAAUGCUGUUGGAGAGAUAUUCAGGAUUGCGGCAAUCAUGAACGGCCUAGUUCUCGUUGGAGUUGCAGUGGGGUUUGUUCUUCUUCGAAUUGAAGCAUCUGUGGAGGAGGCUGAAUGAGAAGUACUUCAGAAUAAAAUUAGUUAGUAUCAAUUGUUUGUUAUUCAACAACCUCUGUUUCUUUCCCUCUGUUCAAUGCAGAGACUGAAUUGUUUUUGGCUAUCAAAACAGAAUCUAGCCUUUUCAACAAUUUUAUAGUAAGAUGCUUGAUUGAUAUUA